CUGUAAAAUAUCGUUUAUAUUAGGAAAAAACGCUAAUUCAAAUUGUUUUUAUUUUCAUGUGGCAGAGAUGAAAAGUGGGUUCGGCCCACCAAUAUACUUGCUGGUGGGCCUGAGCAAAGUAGUCCACUUUCUUCUUCUUCGUUGAGAAAUCCUCCCGAGAAUUCCGAGUUCUCUGUUCUACUGUCCAGGUCAAACAAACACUUCUCAGAUUUUCUUCUCUCACAAAACCCAGCUCUCAUCUCACCCCAAAAAUGGAAAUUAAAUAAAUAAAUAAAUAAUAUUAAACCUGCUCUCCUUAUGAAUUCAUGCAACAGAGCUAAUUGGUGGGCUGGGGAAUCGAAGCCCCCUUCACCUCACCGCCCUCAAUUUCCAUCACAGUCACAUAGUUGACUGUAAAUUCUGCUUCUUUCUUCAAUCUGCUUCUGCUUUCUGCCCAAUUGUCAAAAGCACUUUUUUUGCAUGUGGGAUCUUCUAAUUCCCAGAAAAUUGCAGUUUCAGAGAUCCCCAGAUUCCCCACAAGCUUAAUCUGCCAGAAAAGCACAAAACCCAGGUGGGUUUUUUGUGCUGGAGUUUUGAAAUGGCCAACUGCUUAGAGGAAUUGGAUAAUGCAAUUGCAAAAUUGCAUCAAAACUUUCAGGAAUUGAGGUACCACCUUGAGAAGUCGUUCUUAGAGCAGGGCAGGGCCCUGUUGAAAUUUGAAGCUCAGUGGAAAGAUCUUAAGAAAGAUCACAGCAGAGAAAACGAGCAGCGGCAAGUUCACCUGCAACAAAUGGGUUUCUCAAUACCAUCAAAUGGGACAGAUCACUAUGCUUCUGCAAAUCCGAAUGCUGCCUCAUGGAGUAACACUAGUGCUCGGCCGGCUGGAAAUGCUACUCCUCGUCCUUCUGGAAACGGUACUCCAAAACUGCAUUGUGAGGUAUGCAAUAUUUAUUGCGACACCAAGGAUGUACUCAACAAGCAUAAACAGGGAAAAAAGCACAAGAUGAAUUUGGAUAAGUUGAAGGGCAAAAAGAUCCCUGGAGAAAACAGUAAGAGGAGAGCAGCUGAUCAACCUCGGGAGGAUUUAGAAACUAAGAGAAGGAAGGUUCUUGAAAGCGGGGCAGCACCCGAAGCUUUAAGGACUUGCGCUUUAUGUAAUGUGGUCUGUCUUACUGAGACGGAUUUCAAUAAUCAUCGCUCCGGACAAAGGCAUGUUGAGGCCGCUACUGCGGCGAGGAGACAUGGUGCUGGAACAAGUGGAGCAAGCAGCCACUGGCAGUCGCAGUGGAGAUAUCAGGGUUGGAAUUCAUAACUAGUAGGACUGCAGUGAGGCUCUGAGCUUCAUAACCAAAUUAUUUUUUCUUACUUUUUGUAACUAAUUGCCUAAAAGAUUCUAAAUCUCAAACUUCAGACCCAUUUGGUAAUCAUUUCAGUUUUCGGUUCAA